GUCACUGGCAGCUCACACUGCUGUGAGAAUAGUUUGUUUAUUCGCAAUUCCCCCUUUUCUCCAAUAGUUUAUACAGAGGAAAAAAGUUUUAAAGUAACCCCAGCUGACGACAGUUAAGGCUAUGGCGGCGGCGAAGAUACACGACGACGUUGUCUCCGAUGACCUGAACUACGAAAUCUGGGCUCCAAUCGCGAAGACUACACAAACUAACGGAGAAAGGACUUUGGGAUGUCGUCGAAAAUGGAGUCCCGCCUGAUCCAUCGAAGGUUCCAGAGGUAGCAGCGAUGAUUCAAGUCGAAGAACUUUCAAAAUUGGAGAGAUCUCGCGGUGAAAGACAUAAAAUAAGCGCUUCAGUUUUUGCAAUCAUGUUUUUGUUAACUGAGUCAAAAGAUCAUAUGACGGUCAAUCGUUUAACAGAGCUGGUAACAGACGUUUAUGUGUCGUUAAACAUCCUCUGUUAGUGAAAAACGACGUCAUUUGGCAAAAACUAAAACAAACCCCGCAAUUUAGAAAAUCAAAUCCCUAAUUUCCCAAAUCAUCAUCUUCCCCCAAUUUCGAAAAUCAAAUGACAUUUUUCCCAUUCCCGAGAUUUUGAUAGUUACGGCUAUGGCGGCGACGAAUAAACAACAAGACGAUGUUUCCGAUGACCUGAACUACGGAAUUUGGGCACGAAUCACGAAAACCACACUGACGGAGAAAGGACUCUGGGAUGUCGUCGAGAACGGAGGAGUCCCGCCUGAUCCAUCGAAGAACCCAGAGUUAGCAGCGACGAUCCAACCCGAAGAACUUUUGGAAUGGAGAGAUCUCGCGUUGAAAGACAUGAAAGCGCUCCAGAUUUUGCAGUCUACUCUCACGGAUUCGGCUUUCAGGAAGACUCUCUCGGCUUCUUCGGCCAAGGAAGUUUGGGAUUUGCUCGAAGAAGCUUACAAUGAACAAGCUAAGCUACGUAGGUUAGAGAAGCAAUUCGAACAAGUUACUAUGGAUGAAUCAGAACCGAUCGUUUCCUAUUUAGAUAGGGUAGUGAAAAUCGCCGAAGAGUUGCGCCGUUUGAAAAUUGUGAAAUCUGAUUACCAGGUUAUCACCAAGGUGUUAGGCUCGCUAACAGAGUCGCAUGAAGAUAUAGCUACGCUGUUAGAAGAAAACGUCAAUCUGAAGAAGGUGACUGUUAAGAGUCUUGCUGAUUUUUUUAACAGAUGUGAAUCAGAAAAGAGAAGAUGUCAAAGUCAAAGCAGCAGGAAUAAUGAAGUACCUCUGUAUAAAAUGUUGUCACUCACUGUUGGUACUGUGACAUUUGAUGAGGAUAUGUGGCUGUUAUCCAACGGUACCACGAAUCACAUGACUCCGAAUUUGAAGUUUUUCACCACUCUUGACAGAACACACAGGGGUCGGGUAGUAUUGGGCGACGGAUCAAUUAUCAUGGCACAAGGUAGAGGAGACGUCAAGGUCAUGACCAAACAAGGGAAGAGGAAGAGUAAGACGAUCAAGAAUGUGCUUUUCGUUCCGGAUCUCGACAAAAACGUGUUGAGUGUUUGUCAGCUGGGACAGUUAGGCUACAUUAUGAUAAUAGAUGGAGACAAAACCGCUCUUAAGGGUCGGAGGACUGGGAAAGUGUUUGGGGAAACCUUCAAGGGAGAUGGAGGAUUUUUUCAGCGUUAUCAGGUGAUUGAAGGUAAUCUUACUUCUUAAGGUUAAGGAGCUGCUUUGCCGUUGACAAACAAUAAAAAAAAUUGAGCUGCUUUGCCACUAUGAAUGGAUUCUGUAGUAGACUUAACUCCGUUUAGUGUAGACAAAUCUAGUAUUCUAUGUGUUUUUUGUGCGUUUGUUCCAUUUUCAGUUUGUUCAUCGAAGAAAAGCUGAUUCAUAUUUUGCUGUUGUAGUAUGAAUUUAGUCUGGACUUUUAACUACGGCUUGGUUUGUUA